AGGAUCGAAAUUACUUAAUAUAAAUAGACCGAUCUCACUGAAAUGUGUAUUUUAACGAUAGCGCGGCAUAUAUGUCCAUAAACGUGCUCAAUCAUUUGUUUCGCUAAUACUUUGUUCAGUAAGUCAAACUAAAGCAGAAGCUUCGGACAGACAGAAAAAGCAGCGUUUACAGCCUCUGGGAGCACUUGAAGAUGUCCUACCUUCUCUUGAGGUGCAGGGCAAGGUGCAGCACCAGUGUCCCGCUGCGGCCAGUGUUUCAGUUUACUCGACUAAAUAAACUUGAUCUGUGGAACCACAGACGUGGAACUUCUCUGACGCAUCUCCUGAGCACUCGAAGCACCCCCGCGAAGCCAAGGGAUGCCGUCGUCCGGUUCUGGGGUCAGGCCCAGAAGGUGCUCGGUCAGUCUGUGGGACGAAGGCCCCGAAUGCCAGGAGCAGCCCUGGCGUUGGUGGUGGGUCCGGCGGCCUUGGGAGCCACGGUGCGGCUGCUUGUCGGCGUGGCACACUGCCAGGGGAACCUCCGUAGUGACGUUCUGGCAGAAGUCAAAGGCAAAACCCAGGAAACAGAGCUGGACUUCAGCUGGACGAUUCUGUGGGAGUUUGUCAGACCGCACCUCCUGACACUGCUUGGUGCCGUUGCUUUGGCCUUUGGUGCCGCCAUCCUUAACAUCCAGAUACCUCUCAUGCUGGGGGACUUGGUGAACGUGGUGGCCCGCUAUCUCAGAGAGCAUGCUGGGAAUUACAUCCAGGAAGUCAGAGCCCCUGCUCUAAAGCUGCUUGCCUACUAUGGGCUCCAGGGCCUGCUGACCUGUGGUUACAUCAUCUGUCUCUCCAGGGUAGGAGAAAGAGUGGCGACGGACAUGAGGAAGAAGCUCUUCAUGUCUUUACUCAGGCAGGACAUUGCUUUCUUUGAUGCCAACAAGACUGGCCAGCUGGUGAACCGCUUGACCUCUGACAUUCAGGAGUUUAAGUCAUCAUUUAAACUUGUUGUUUCCCAGGGCCUGCGCAGCAUGACCCAGACGAUAGGGUGCUUUGUGUCGCUUUACCUCAUCUCGCCAAAGCUCACGGGUUUGACCGUGGUGGUCAUGCCCUGCCUCGUGGGAGCAGGUGCUCUCAUCGGCUCCUUCUUGCGUCGGCUGUCCCGCAGAGCCCAGGAGCAGGUUGCCAGAGCAACUGGAGUAGCUGACGAGGCCAUCGGCAAUGUGCGUACAGUGAAGGCCUUUGCGAUGGAGGACCGGGAGAUGCAGAUGUACUCUGUGGAGGUGGAUAAGUCAUGUGAUAUGAAUGAAACUCUGGGGUGUGGAAUUGCCAUUUUCCAAGGCCUGUCCAACAUCGUGCUGAACUGCAUCGUCUUAGGCACCAUAUUUGCUGGGGGCUCCUUAAUAGCAGGUGAUGAAAUCUCCCCAGGUGACCUCAUGUCGUUCUUGGUGGCGUCUCAGACUGUUCAGAGAUCCAUGGCCAGCAUUUCCAUCCUGUUUGGACAAAUGGUGAGAGGGAUCAGUGCAGGAGCGCGUGUGUUCGAGUACCUGACGCUGGAGCCCACCAUCCCUCUGACGGGCGGAGGCCGCAUCCCCUACCACUCCCUGCUUGGGAGGGUCGACUUCAUGAACAUCACCUUCAGUUAUCCAACAAGACCUGGGCACCAAGUUCUGAAGAAUUUCAACCUUACCCUCUCCCCAGGCAAGACAGUGGCUGUUGUGGGAGAGUCUGGUGGAGGUAAAUCCACAGUUGCUGCUCUCCUGGAACGCUUCUACGACCCCAGCGCAGGGGUGGUUAUGCUUGAUGGCCUGGACAUUCGUACCCUGGACCCAUCUUGGUUAAGAGGGACAGUCAUUGGCUUCAUCAGCCAGGAACCUGUGCUGUUUGGCACCUCUGUCAUGGAGAACAUUCGUUUUGGGAAGCCUGAGGCCACAGACGCUGAAGUCAUUGCUGCUGCAACACUGGCCAAUGCUCACUCAUUUAUCACCGCAUUCCCUGAGGGAUACAACACAGUGGUCGGUGAGCGAGGAGUAACGCUCUCUGGGGGUCAGAAACAGCGCGUUGCCAUUGCCCGCGCCCUUAUAAAGAACCCAAGCAUCUUGGUGCUGGAUGAGGCCACGAGCGCCCUGGACGCUGAGUCAGAAAGGGUGGUGCAGGAGGCCCUGGACCGGGCCUGUGCAGGCCGCACCGUGCUCGUCAUCGCCCAUCGUCUCAGCACCAUCCAGAGGGCUGACCUCAUCUGCGUACUCAGCAAUGGGCGUGUCACCGAGGCUGGAACACACUUGGAUUUGCUGAGCAAAGGAGGACUCUAUGCUGACCUUAUCCGGCGACAGCGAGUGCAAGGACAGAAAUAAAGAGGACAACUUGCAGCGCUUGUACUGUGGACCAAGCGUCAGCACUGUGGAAAUGAUACAUCAUGUUCCUGCAGGGAAAGUUUGUCAUGAUGGAUUUCUUUUUGACAAAACAUGGAAUGGUUGGAAACAGGUAGAUUUGUACACCUAGCUGUGUAUAAAUGUUUUCUUUCAUUACACUAAAUAAAAGGUACAGCUAAGGAACAGGCAAGAUGUGUUUCUACACAUACAGGUUUUACAACUUGAUCACUAGGAAAAGUGUGCACUGAAAGUAGCUUUUGUAUAAACUGGGUCAUUUGGUAAAAAUGUAUAUGUAACUGGUACACUUACUGCUGUACAGUAUUGUUGGUAAUAUCUCAAAUUAUGACAUUUUACUCAUAUUUUCUCCUGUAUGUAUUUAAACAGUUGACUUUUUUUUACUCAGUCUAUGUAAUUGCUGCUGGAUACAGACUGACUUCAAUUUCUCAGGUUUUUAUUGUGGUAUGCUGUAAUGUUAGUUUUCAAUUAAAGGCUUUUAAAGUGCUGUUCU